AUGAAAUCCGCUAUCGCUCUGGCUCUUAUAGGAGUAACGUAUACUUCGGCGCAAGUCGAAUACAUCAACGGCUCCUUCGUUUGCGCCGUGUCAGAUGCCAAUUACUGUGCUGGCGACUCGUUGUCCACCAACAUCAUCAUUCGCUGUACCGGCACCGAGGGACAGCCCGGCAAUUGCAACGACAAUCUUGCCGGCAUCCCACCCGUUGGUGUCAAAUCAUCUGCAACAUGUUACCAGUCAUCACCUUCCGCCGGAGACGCCGCUUGUUCUUUCGAUGGCAAUGUCUAUCCUGAGGAUGAUGGCUCUGGACCCUUUCCCGUUCCCUCGCGCGGGGACGACCAUAGCUCGGCAGCAGACACCUCGUCCUACGGAGGUAGCAUGACGACUGUGAUCUCUCACUAUACCACUGGAACUGUCACCAACACGUAUACAGUGACAGUACCAUGUCCAACUACUACCACUGCUGCUCCAUCUCCACCAACAGGAAGUCCGACCCCCAACCCUUCGGCAACCACAUGCAGCUCCCCCGACAGUCGCCCCGCCUCCUUCAUCGCCAGUCGAGACGCAUCCAACCCCAGCCCCAGCAGCUAG